GGGUUUGCUGCCUGCACUCAGUUCUCUUGAUCCGAGAGAUUUCCCUAGGAAGUCUGGCCCUGACUUUCCUUAGGGAAGGGAGGGGGCAACGCUAGGGCUGGGCGUGCAUGGCGACCCCGCCACCCUCGGGCUGAGCUUUGCUCAUUCCUAACCCUUCUUCUCCGACGUUGCAGCCAGUGUUGCGUUGUCCUGCUGCUGCUGCUGCGGCGCUGAGGCGCGGCUGCUUUCGCUCCUGUGCCCACGAGCGCCAGCGAGAUGAGCCUUCCAGGCCAAGGUUUCCCCCUGGAUCUCGGGGGCAGCUUCACCGAGGACGCUCCCAGGCCGCCGGUCCCCGGUGAGGAAGGCGAGCUGGUUUCCACGGACCCGAGGCCCUCCGGCCAUGGCUUCUACUCCGGGAAGGGCGACCUGGUCAAGGCAGAGACUUCGACGGCGACCCCGCGGCGCCCUGACCUGGACUUGGGCUACGAGCCGGAGGGCAGUGCGUCCCCGACGCCCCCCUACCUGAGGUGGGCGGAGUCCUUGCACUCCCUGUUGGACGACCAGGAUGGCAUCAACCUCUUCCGGACCUUCCUCAAGCAGGAGGGCUGCGGGGACCUGCUGGACUUCUGGUUCGCUUGCAGCGGCUUCCGGAAGCUGGAGCCUUGUGAUGCCAAUGAGGAGAAGCGGCUGAAGCUGGCCAAGGCCAUCUACAAAAAGUACAUUCUGGACGGCAAUGGGAUUGUGUCGCGGCAGAUCAAGCCAGCCACCAAAAGCUUCAUCAAGGACUGUGUCGUCAAGCAGCUCAUUGACCCAGCCAUGUUUGACCAGGCCCAGAUGGAGAUCCAGUCCGUGAUGGAGGAGAACACUUACCCGCUCUUCCUGAAGUCCGACAUUUACCUGGAGUACACCAGGACAGGCGGGGAGAGCCCCAAGAUGUGCAGUGACCAGAGCUCCGGUUCUGGGACGGGGAAGUGCCUGCCGGGCUAUUUGCCCACCCUGAACGAGGACGAGGAGUGGAAGUGUGACCGAGAGGCCGAGGUAGUGGAGGAGGAGGAGGAGGAGGCGGCUGCUGCCCCGGAGUCGGCCCAGGUCUCCUCCAGCAGACUCACCCAGAAGCUCCUCCUGGAGACAGCCCCCCAGCGAGCUUCUUCCUCCUCCUCCUCCUCGGCCCGACGGUACAGCGAGGGAAGAGAGUUCAGGCCUGGACCUUGGAGGGAGCCAGUGCACCCGUAUUAUGUCAACACGGGCUAUGCCGUGGCACCUGCCACCAGCGCCAACGACAGUGAGCAGCACAGCAUGUCCAGUGAUGCUGACACCAUGUCGUUGACUGACAGCAGUGUAGAUGGGAUCCCCCCGUACCGACUCCGGAAGCAGCAUCGCCGAGAGAUGCAGGAAAGUGCCAAAGCCAAUGGACGUGUGCCACUACCUCACAUUCCGCGUACUUACCGAAUGCCAAAGGACAUCCACGUGGAACCCCAGAAAUUUGCUGCCGAGCUGAUCAACCGUCUGGAGGAGGUCCUAAGGGACCGGGAGGCAGAAGCCAAGCUGGAGGAGCGCCUGAAGCGUGUCCGUGCGGAGGAGGAAGGCGACGACGUGGACCUCUCCGUGGGCCCUUCGCUCUUGAGCCACAAGCUCCUGCCCCCUCCUCCGCUCCUGCCCCACUUUGCCCCCCGCUACGCAGAGCUGCCGCUGAGAGACGCCCACGAGGAGAACCCCGAGAGCAUCCUGGACGAGCACGUCCAGCGGGUCAUGAAGACGCCCGGCUGCCAGUCUCCCGGCCCCGGCCGGCACUCGCCCAAGCCCCGGUCCCCCGACAGCGGCCUGGCCGGGAAGCUGCACGGCCUGGUGGGGGCCCCGGGGAAGCACGGGGCCAAAACGGGGGCCAAGCUGGACGCUGGCAGCCUCUACCACCACAAGCACGCCUACCUCCACCUGGUCCAUCACCACGGGGCCUUCAAGGCCAAGGAGGUGGCCGAGGCAGAGGCGGGCUCCCGCGGCCAGGGCCCCUUCGGCUGGAGCUUCGACGCCCACGGCUGCAGCCCCAAGUCCCGGCUCUAUGGGGAGAGCGCCAGCCUGGGCGCUGGCCUCCCGGAGGCCCUGGUUUACAGCGGAAAAGGCAGCUUGCCCUCCAAACGGAGCAUCAAGAAAGCCGAGGGGGGAAAGGGCGAGGGGGGCGGCCACGACGGGCCGGGCUCUCCGGAAGACGUGGAGAGGAACCAGAAAAUCUUGCAGUGGAUCAUCGAGGGCGAGAAGGAGAUCAGCCGGCACAAGAAGACGAACCACGGGUGAGGGGCGGGAGGGCGAAGGAGCACCCCCCCAAGCAGGUGGCCGGGGGGGGCACGCCUGCUGCCCUUUGGCCUUUGUGGCAAGAAACAUCUCUCCUUGCUUGACAGCUUUGUGGCAAGGAAGCGACACACACACACACCCCAGGUGGGAAGAGGGGGCAGAGGGUGAAAACCCAAAUGGAGACCCCCCCCCGGCAGGGUCUCCUCAGAGAAGGCGGGGACCCAUUCUUUUUCUUCCAGGCCAACAACCUUCUCAUUUCAUCUGAAGCUGUCUGGAUGCCU